AUGUGUGGCCGGUACGCUAUGGGCAUUCGCCUUGCGUUCAUCCGAAACCAGUUGCAGCAGCAUGGGCAACCAGUUGAUGAGACAGCAGAUGACGAUGACGUGAGGGAAACGUACAAUUUUGCUCCUGGGAGUUACGGCGCGGUCUAUCGUGCUGAAACGUCUGACCAAGGCGGAGUGGACUCACAAGAUGAUACUGGUAACAAUGAGGUAGUGGAGGGCAACGAUGAAAAUGUUGAGCCUGCGGAGGCAGCAAAACGCAGGACGCAUUACAGGCUUCAGGGCAUGAAAUGGGGAUUGAUCCCGUGGUGGACCAAGAGAUCACCAGACUACGGCUCGAUGCUUAAAACGAUCAAUUGUCGUGAUGACUCGCUAAUCGAUGAUAGGGGUAUGUGGACAUCUAUGAAGAGAAAGAAGCGAUGUGUUGUAAUUUGCCAGGGGUUUUACGAAUGGUUGAAAAAGGGACCUGGUGGGAAGGAGAGAGUCCCUUAUUACAUUCGGCGAAAAGAUGGAGAGUUGAUGUGUUUUGCUGGCCUCUGGGAUUGCGUUCAGUACGAAGGCUCUGACGAGAAACUUUACACAUACACAAUAAUCACCACCAGCUCGAAUGCCUACCUGAAGUUUCUUCACGAUCGGAUGCCCGUUAUCCUUGACUCUGGCAGUCCAGAAAUGGCUACGUGGCUUGACCCCCACCGCGUAACCUGGUCAAAGGAACUCCAGUCGAUCCUCAAACCGUACGAGGGGAAGCUUGAGUGCUAUCCCGUCAGUAAAGAGGUAGGGAAAGUUGGAAACAACUCCCCAGACUUCAUUAUUCCGGUAAAUAGUAAGGAGAAUAAAAACAACAUUGCAAACUUUUUUGCAGCCGCCAGCAAAGCCAGCAAAUUCAAAGUUGAAACACUGUCCCAAGAUUGCAGUACAGCUAGGGUUGAAGGUCAGCAGACAAGGAGCGCUUCAAAAUUUGACGAAGGUGCCAAGGUCAAUAAGGAAGAAGCAGGAAGCAAAGAGGAAGCAAAUUCUACCGUCCAGAAAUCAGAGUUCGGUAUUGAUUCAGUUCCACAAUCGGUAGCGGUUAAACGCAAACAAACAUCACCAGAACCCGCUGGUGCUGAUAUUACGACGAAAUCACCAAAAAUAAAGAGAUCAGAAUCGUCGCUACCCCCCCCUGGAGGAGAUUCUUACCGUUCACCUACAAAACCAGGCGGUGGAAAUAAGAAAAUGAGGAGCGCUACAAGCAAUGGGUCCAGUCUUAAAAAGGGGGAGUCGAAAGGAACAACGCAUGGGACACAACGAAUUACAAGUUUCUUUAAGAAAUAG